AUGGCGAUAACACAAGCAGCCAGGAUGCAGUACUCUCUUCGAUGUUCGUUGUAUUUAUUAGUCCUCGGGCUUGCCGGGAUACAUUCGUCGACCCUUCGUCUUCACCCGGACCGGCGCUACAUGCUGCCCCAAAACACAGGAUUUUUUACGAUAGAGGCAAACGAGGGCUUUCUAGACGGAGAUGGAGGAGGCGCCGCGGCUCCAGCGCUGCUUCUAGGCGACCGUAGUAGCUCCGAAGGCGAGUCGCACUCCGGUAGCUACCCGCAGCAUCGAAGCCGCCGGAGCACGGGCGAAUCGGCUAUGCCAAAGGUGUACGGGCAGGCCAACCUGAAUGACUCCCAUAACCAGAUGGUGGUCCACUGGGCUGGAGAGAAGAGCAAUGUCAUUGUAGCCUUGGCCCGAGACAGCGCUGGAGCCACCGGGCCCAGGACCAGCUCUGUCUAUGUGUCCUAUGAUUACGGGACCACUUUCAUGCUUGUCUCAGACAAGUUCAAGCUUUCAGGGGCAAAGUUCAAGGAAGGCAGCAAACAGGUCAUCUCCCAGUUCUACCACAGCCCUGCAGACAACCAGAGGUACCUUUUUGUAGACUCCACCAACAACUACCUGUGGAACACCUUUGACUUCUGUAAGAGCGUGCAGGGCUUUUCCCUGCCCUUCAAACCAACAGACCUGCUGCUCCACAGUAGAACAUCCAACCUGGUCCUGGGAUACGAUAGCUCUCACCCAAACAAACAGCUGUGGAAAUCAGACGACUUCGGGGAGACAUGGGUGUUGAUCCAAGAGCACGUGAAGACCUACUUUUGGGGUGUUGACCCCUAUGACCCCCCCACUACUGUGCUGGUCCAGAGACACGAGCCCCAGGGAGUGUCCACUAUUCUCAGCAGCACCGACUUCUUCCAGAGUGAACAGAACCGCAGAGUGAUCCUGGAGCAGGUGGACAGCUUCCAGCUCCGAGACAAGUACAUGUUCGCCACCACCACACGGAAACUGCUUGGCAGCCAUGAGCCUUCAUCUGUUCAUCUCUGGGUUUCCUACAACCGCCAGUCAAUGAAAGCUGCCCAGUUUAUGACCCGCCAUCCAAUCACAGAGUACUACAUAGCAGAUGCAUCUGAGGACCAAGUGUUUGUGUGUGUGAACCACCUAAACAACGUCACUCACCUCUACAUCUCAGACACGCAGGGCCUGUCCUUUUCUCUGUCGCUGGAGAAUGUGCUGUACUACAGUCCUGAGGGCUCUGGCAGCAACACACUCAUAAGGUACUUUGCCAGCGAGCCUUUUGCAGACCUGCACCGCGUGGAGGGCCUGCGAGGCGUCUACAUUGCCACGCUCAUCAAUGGCUCUGUCAGCGAGGACAACAUGCGAUCCGUCAUCACUUUCGACAAGGGAGGGACGUGGGAGCUGCUUCAGCCGCCUGCUGCCGACAGCCUGGGAGGAACAGUGGACUGCCAGCUCAGUAAAGGUUGCUCCCUUCACCUGGCCCAGCGCUGGAGCCAGCUGUUCAACAUCCAGCUGAGGAGGAUGCCCAUUUUAUCCAAGGACUCAGCACCCGGACUCAUCAUGGCCACAGGAUCUGUGGGCAGGAACUUAGCCAGCAAACCUAAUGUGUAUGUAUCCAGCAGCGCUGGAGCCCGGUGGAGAGAGGCUCUGGCAGGCCCUCAUUUCUACACAUGGGGUGACCAUGGUGGUAUUCUGGUGGCUAUCGCACAAGGAGGCACCACCACACAUCUAAAGUUCAGCACUAACGAAGGUGAGACUUGGACCGACUUUAAGUUCACAGACAGGGAGGUGUAUGUUUACCAACUGCUGACGGAGCCGGGCGAGAAGAGCACCAUCUUCACCAUCUUUGGCUCCUAUGCCAACCAGAAGCACAGCUGGCUCAUCCUCCAGGUCAACACCUCCGACGUUCUGGGUGUGCCAUGUUCAGAGGCUGACUACAAGCGCUGGUCUCCAUCAGACGAGCACGGUAACGAGUGUCUGCUGGGCAGAGAGAUAACGUUUAAGAGACGAGCUCCACACGCUACCUGUUUCAACGGAGAAGACUUCGACCGGCCCGUCACCAUCUCUAACUGCUCCUGCACACGCCAGGACUAUGAAUGCGACUACGGCUUCAAGCUGAGUGAAGACCUGUCUCUGCAGGUGUGUGUGCCUGACCCUGAGUUCUUAGGCGACCUCUAUGCUCCUCCAGUCCCGUGUCCAGUUGGUACCACCUACCGCCGCAGCAAAGGCUACAGGAAGGUACCAGGAGACAGCUGUAGUGGAGGAGAUGUGGAGUCCAGGUUGGAUGGAGAGAUGCUGCCUUGUCCUGUCGGAGAGAGUAACGAGUUCAUCCUGUAUGCAGUGAGGAACUCCAUCCAUCGGUACGACCUGGCCACGGGCACAGACCAGGCCCUGCCUCUGGCCGGACUCAGGGAGGCUGUGGCUCUGGACUUUGACUAUGACAAGAACUGCCUGUACUGGGCCGACAUCUCACUGGACACCAUACAGCGUCUGUGUCUGAAUGGCAGUACAGGACAGGAGGUCGUGGUGAGGAAAGACUUGCAGAACGUGGAGGCGCUGACCUUUGACCCUAUCAGUCGACUGCUCUACUGGGUUGAUGCUGGAGCGCAGAAGAUAGAGGUUUCUAACCCUGAUGGAGAUUUGCGCCACACUUUGCUCAACUCUUCUAUCCUGGAACAUCCCCGUGCUCUGGUUCUGCUUCCUGGAGAGAGUCUGAUGUUCUGGACUGACUGGGGAGACCGAGCGGCUGGCGUUUACCGGAGCUACAUGGAUGGAACCAACGUGUCCUGCAUCGUGUCAGAGGGCGUCCGCUGGCCCAAUGGGAUCACCGCUGACGACCAGUGGCUGUACUGGACGGAAGCCUACAGCGACCGCAUCGAGAGAGCCGACUUCGCCGGGGCCCAGCGGAGAGUUCUCAUGGAGGGGCUGCCCCACCCGUACGCCAUUGCUGUCUUCAAGAAUGAUCUAUACUGGGACGACUGGUCCAGAAUGGGAAUCUUUAAAGCUCCAAAAGCUGGUUCCCCAAGCAACGAGCUGAUUGUUGGCAGACUAACUGGAGUCAUGGACCUCAAGAUCUUCUACAAGGGGAAGAAUCGAGGCCAUAAUGCCUGUGCCGACCAGCCCUGCAGCCUGCUCUGUCUGCCUCAGCCCGGCCACCGACACACCUGUGUCUGCCCAGACGGCACUCCAACUGUAACCAUGCCCAACGGCGAGCUGCAGUGCCAGUGUCCCGCUGGCUACCAGCUCCAAAACAACACCUGCGUCAAGACCGAACACAGCUGUUUGCCCAACCAGUACCGCUGCUCCAAUGGCCGCUGCAUCAGCAGCAUCUGGAAGUGUGACAGCGACAAUGACUGUGGAGACAUGAGCGAUGAACAGGAGUGUCCCACUACAACUUGUGACCCGUCCAACCAGUUUCGCUGCGUGGCCUCAGGCUCCUGCAUCCCCCUGGCCUUCAAAUGUGACCAUGAAGACGACUGUGGAGACAACAGUGACGAAGAACACUGUGAGUCUCACCAGUGUGGCCCUGGGGAGUUCACAUGUGCGCGAGGUGUUUGUAUCCGCGAGGCGUGGAGGUGUGAUGGGGACAAUGACUGCAGAGACUGGUCAGAUGAGGCCAACUGCACAGUGGGCCACCAUACAUGUGAGGCCAGUAGCUUCCAGUGUCACACAGGUCACUGUAUACCACAGCGCUGGAUGUGCGACGGAGAUGACGACUGUCAGGAUGACUCAGAUGAAGACCCUCGAUACUGUGAGGGAACUCGGUGUAAAGGUUUUCUCUGCUCCAAUGACACCUGCCUGCCAGCCACCGUCCACUGCAACGGCAUCCAGGAGUGUCCAGAUGGCAGUGAUGAGCACAACUGUGACCCCCUGUGUACUCGCUACAUGGAGUUUGUAUGUAAGAACCGGGCCCAGUGUCUGUUUCAGUCUCUGGUGUGUGAUGGGAUCAAACACUGUGAAGACGGAUCUGAUGAGGACUCAGAGUACGCUGGAUGUGCCACACCGUCUGAAUUUGGCAAAGUGUGUGACGCCUACACCUUCCAGUGUGCCAACGGAGUGUGUGUGAGCCUGGAGUGGAAGUGUGACGGCAUGGAUGACUGUGGGGAUUACUCCGAUGAAGCCAAUUGUGCUGCUCCCACUGAGGUUCCAGGCUGCUCAAGGUAUUUCCAGUACGAGUGUAGAAACGGACGCUGUAUUCCCACGUGGUGGAAGUGUGACGGGGAGAACGACUGUGGGGACUGGUCUGAUGAGGCCCAGUGCACAGGUGGUGUUACUCCUCACACUGUGGCCCCUGGUCCCUCUACCUGUGCCCCCAACCGCUUCCACUGUGGCUCUGGAGCUUGUAUCAUCAAUACCUGGGUGUGUGACGGCUACGCUGACUGUCCCGAUGGCAGCGACGAGCUCGGAUGUCCCACAGUCGAUAGCUCUGUGACGCAGGCUCCGGCACCCACCCAGGCCCCUCCCGCACCCGCCCCUGGUCGUUGCAGUCGGGGUCAGUUCCUGUGUCGCCGACCCCCCCGCUGCAUCCCCGACUGGCAGCGCUGCGACGGGAAGGUCCACUGCGAGGACAGCUCGGACGAAGCUCACUGCCCCACCCGUGGGCCUCUGUCCUGUGUGAACGGGACUCGCUGCUCUGAUGGUGAAGCCUGUGUGCUGGACAACGAGAGGUGCGACGGAUUCCUGGACUGCUCCGACCACAGCGACGAGGACAACUGCACCUUGGACACCCUGGCCUAUAAAGUCCAGAACCUCCAGUGGACACCAGACGCUUCGGGUGCCAUUACUCUGACCUGGUCUCGUCCCAAGAACCUUCCCCUGGACUCAUGCUACUUCCUCAUCUACUACAGACUCGUGGGCAUCCAGCAGUGGACCAUUAUGGACACUCACAGCAACAAGACCAGCUACAAACUGACCGUGCUGAGACCAGACACCACCUAUCAAGUAAAGGUGCUCACUCAGUGUCUCAGUAAGCUGCACAAGACCAACGAGGUGAUCACAGUCAGGACACCAGAAGGAGUGCCCGACCCUCCCAGGAACCUGCAGCUGUCUUGUGAUAACAGUGAGGAGGGGACGGUGGAGGUGUCCUGGAGUCCUCCUGACAAAGGGCACGGCAUCAUCAGGGAAUACAUUGUUGAAUACAGUGAACGUGGAGGUCUUGAUUGGACGUCACAGAGAUGCACCACAACCAGUACUGAGGUGAAGGAUCUGCAGCCAGACACUCUGUACAGGUUCAGGGUGGCAGCAGUGACCAGUCGAGGUGUGGGGAACUGGACAGAGGUUAAGUCCAUCACUCCUAAGAAAGCUCUGCCUCCUCCCUCUGUGAUCGCCGACAGUAUCACCGCUGACUCCAUGAGUCUUUCAUUCAGCCUAAACUCCCAGUAUGAUGUGAAGCAGUACAUCGUGGUUCUGUCUUGGCAGUUUGACAAACACGUCAAGGAGAGCAAGAACUAUACAGUCAGAGAGGGGAUUCUCAAAGCUACAAACCUGACGGCGGGAACAUGGUAUGAGGUGGCUGUGUGGGUUCACACCGGUAUAGGAGACAGUCCCACCGCCCUGUGCCAUCAUCAGACCACCGGCACUCAGCCAGAGAGACCCCUCCUCAAAGCCAGGGCUCUCAACCAGACAGCUGUGGACUGCACCUGGACCAUCAGUGGACCCCCUGCACAGAUGUAUGGUGUGUAUUAUGCCACCUCCUUCCUGGAUCUGUACCGGAGUCCUCGUCUGGUCCGCACCACCUCUCUCAGCCUCACAGUCACAGUGGACAGUGAUGAACAGUAUCUCUUCCUGGUGCGUGCCGUCUCUCCCUACCUGGGUCCUCCCUCUGACUACGCUGUAGUGAAAAUGAUUCCCAAUGAGAGGCUGCCGCCCAGGAACCUCCAUCGAGUGCGAGUCGACAAGACGCAGGCCACGCUGAAAUGGCAGCCGCCUUACGACGCCCCUAACACGCCUCUGACAUAUGUGAUCCACGUGCGGGACGUGAUCCGUAAAACUGAGCAAGAUUACAAGCUGACCACACAGAACAACACCGUGGAGUAUGUGUUGAAAAGCCUGGAGCCCGGAGGACGGUACAGCAUCUCUGUCCGCCUGCGCAACAUGAGCAAGGAGGCCAGCUUCACUCUCAGCACAGUUCCUCUUCCAGCUCCCGAGGCCCUGAAGAUUUUGACGGAGAAAGACCAUGUGUUCCUCUUCUGGAAGAGUCUAGCUGUCAGAGAGAAGGGCUUCAAUGAGAGCAGGGGGUACGAAGUUCACGUCCAUGACAGUGUGACCAACCAGACGUCCUACCUGGGAAACACCACGGAGACCUACUUCCGAAUCAACAGCCUGCUGGCAGGACACAACUACACUUUCUCUGUGCAGGCCCGCUGCCUGCUCAGUGGUCAGCUGUGUGGAGAACCUGCUCUGCUGCUCUAUAACCAGCUGAUGGCAGGGGCCAGUGAUGCCUCCCGCAGCGAGGGCCACUCAGGGGACAUGGCAGCAGUGGUGGUCCCUGUCCUCUUCCUGCUGCUGCUCGGAGUGUGUGGCAGCUUGGUGGCACUCUACCUCCGACACCGCCGACUGCAAAACAAUUUUACAGCUUUUGCCAACUCCCACUAUAACUCCCGCUUAGGCUCUGCCAUCUUCUCCUCUGGGGAUGAGCUGGGUGAUGAUGAUGAAGAUGCUCCCAUGAUCAGCGGCUUCUCAGACGAUGUUCCCAUGGUCAUCGCGUAGCAAGACAUCCCACCAUUACCUAUUUUUCUCUCUUCCCUUCUUCCCUUCUCUUCUUCUGCCCACCCCCCUACUCCUCUUUACCCCCCCCCAUCACUCCCCAUCAGUGCCGCAGUUCGCCAUCGCAAAUCUGUUGGUGGGACCCCCCCCCCCUCCCUCCGGCCCUCCUCCCCCAAUUAACAGGAAUUAUGAAGAAAAAUUGAAAAAAGUAACGAGAGAAAGAGAUAUUUUUCAAAUAUACAAUGCACUUUUUUUUGGAUGCGCAAUAACUUAUUUUUUAUAAUACUAAAUAUAUAUAUAUGUAAGGGGUCACAAAAGGACUGUGAGGAAGAGGUGGACACUGAAACAAACUGUGAAGGAUUUGAGUUUGUGGAGCGUGCCAGGGAAAGAGAGACCCUAUUUGUAAUGCAAACUCACUAUCCAUAGGAGCGGUUCAUUGCUUAAAGCCAAAAUAAGCAUCCAGAGACUGAAAUAUAGAAUGCAAAAAAAAAAAAACUACACACAUACACACAC